CCCCCAAGGUGGCACCCUUGGGUGUGAGUUGUUGAUGUGUGUGUGUCACACAGUGGCCUUCACUGAUGGAUGGCUUCUUUCCAAAAGUCCCUGGGACGCCCCACCCACAGGCUGCCUUUUGCUGGGCACCCUCUCAUUAAGGUCACCUGUUCCUGUGCUUGGUGUGUUGAGGUCAAGGCUGGUCAGGGAGAGCUGGGCGGCAGUUGCCCUUUGAGAGCUGGGCGUGUGCCCUUGGCUGGCCUUGCCUGGAGGCUGAGUGUCAAGGGCCUCUUGAAACCAUACUGAGCUGGCUGCGUUUAUUUAACAAGCAGUGGUCGUGGAUUUCCUGUGGCCUCGCGUGAGCGCUCCACAAAUAUUCCUUAAAGUUUAUAACAACCCCUAGGAAGUGGACGCGGUUAUUAUCCUUGUUUGACAGCUGAGGAGACUGAGGCACAGAGAGGUUCAAUGACUUGCCCAAGGUCACACAGCCAGCAAGUAGGAGCCCAGAAUGGGCGAGUUAGCAUGCCGCCCGAGGUGCGAGGCCGCCUGGGGGACACAGUGGAGCUGCCGUGCCACCUGCUGUCGCCAGGGCCUAAAGGCAACGUCUCACAGGUGACAUGGCAACGUCUGGACCCGUCCGGGAACUCUCAGAGUGUGGCCGCCUUCCACCCUUCCCAUGGUCUCAGCUUCCCCAGCCCGCAGUUUGGCAAGGACCGGCUGUCCUUCCGCACCAUGGGGCAGAGCCCUGGUGCCCGGCAAGGCUCCGAGAUGCGGGACGCCACGCUGGUCCUCCAGGACCUGAGAGUGGAGGAUGAGGGCAACUUCUCCUGCGAGUUUGCUACCUUCCCCCUGGGCACCAGUCGUGGAGUGACCUGGCUCAGAACCAUAGCCCAGCCCCAGAACCGCGCUGAGGCCCAGGAGGUCACACUCCGCUCGGAGCCGGUGCCCGUGGCCCUCUGUGUCUCCUCGGGGGGCCGCCCACCCGCCAAAAUCUCCUGGCUCUCGCCCCUGCGUGGGGAGCCCAAGGAGAGCGAGACGGCCGGGCCCCUGGCCGGCACAGUCACCGUCACCAGCCGCUACGCCGUGGUGCCCUCGAGCCAAGUAGAUGGGGUCCAGAUCACCUGCAAGGUGGAGCACGAGGCCAUGAAGGAGCCGGACCUGAUGCCCGUGACCCUCUCUGUGCGCUACCCCCCCGAGGUCUCCAUCUCUGGCUAUGACGACAACUGGUACCUCGGCCGUAGUGAGGCCACUCUGAACUGUGAUGUCCGCAGCAAACCUGAGCCCACAGGCUAUGUCUGGACCACGACCUCAGGCUCCUUACCAGCCUCAGCAAAAGAACAGGACUCCCAGCUGAUGGUCCCCCUGGUGGAUAGGCUGGUCAACACCACCUUCAUCUGCACCGUCAGCAACGCCGUGGGCACGGGCCGGGCCGAGCAGGUGGUCCUCGUUCGAGAGUCCCCCAACACAGCAGGUGCAGGAGCCACCGGUGGCAUCAUUGGGGGCAUCAUCGCUACCAUCAUUGCUACCGCUGUGGUCGCCACAGGCAUCCUCAUCUGCCGGCAGCAGCGGAAGGAACAGAGGCUGCAGGUGGCAGAGGAGGAAGACGACCUGGAGGGGCCUCCAUCAUACAAGCCACCAACCCCAAAGACAAAGCUGGAGGAGCCAGAGAUGCCCUCCCAGCUCUUCACUCUUGGGGCCUCAGAGCACAGCCCACUCAAGACCCCCUAUUUUGAUGCUGGCGUCUCAUGUGCUGAGCAGGAAAUGCCUCGGUACCACGAGCUGCCCACCUUGGAAGAGCGGUCGGGGCCCCUGCUCCUGGGGGCCAUGAGUCUGGGGUCCCCCAUCCUCGUGCCUCCAGGGCCGCCUGUUGUGGAGCGGGUGCCCCUGGAUCUGGAGGACAUGGAUGACGAUGAGGAAGACUACCUAGACAAGAUCAACCCCAUCUAUGACGCCCUCUCCUACGCUAGUCCCUCUGAUUCCUACCCAGGCAAAGGCUUUGUCAUGUCCCGGGCCAUGUAUGUGUGAGCCGCCAUGGCCCUGGCUCUUACCUCUCUUUUUGAUCCCUCAAGUCGCUGCCAGGAAUCUUGUGCUGCUUGACCUCUGGCCAGGCCACUGUCAGUGAACACACGCAUCUCAUCUGUGAUUUUGACGUUGGUGGAUCCAUGGUGACCUCUAAGCCGAUAUCUCUGACCUAGAGAAACCAGCCGUGACAAUGGAAACCUGGCAACCUUAUCUCAUGAGUUGAGGGAGGGGAAAUAUGUUUCUGCACAAUCCGACCCAAGGACUCCUAAAACUGACCUUAGUUCACGCCUCACAUUCUGCAGUCUCCUCCCAAAUUCCAAAGAAGACCCCAGACCUCUACUGUGUCCUUAGGUAGUCAACUCCCAAUAGCUCUGCUGGGUUGCAUGUUGGGGGGCAGGCACCUUGCUGCUCAGACCUGAGCCCUCCAGGCAGCAGAGCCCCACUUGCCCCCUCCCCACCCUGUCUGUUCCCCAAUGGUGGGAAGGAGGGGAGUCCCCAGCCCAAGGCAUAGCUUCCCCAUCUCCCUCCUCCUGCAGGCAGGAGUCACAGGGUCCGGACCCUUCCCUGAGUCCCCACUUGCCCAAAUCCUGUCUUCAGGGAAUUAAGCCCAGUCAAGGACUAGAUAGGGUGAGUGUCAUGCAGAGUGUGCCUUGCUGACCCCAGCCUUGAGAGAAGAGUUUGUGUGUUACUUUGAAGACUACUAAGUCCUUUUACUGCUGCCCAGUGAAAUGGGACCCAAAUAUCUCCCUGGGGGGAGGGGGGGGGGCGGGGGAGGAGAUGGUCACCUGGAUCUGAUAUUGUUUUGUAAAUAGGGCAUUUCCUACCAAUAUGAAUUUGUACUUUGACCAGGUCUCAACUUGUGUAUUCUGUGGGAUGUGAAGGGGGGGAGGGUGGAACAUGAUGAUGGGUAAUAAAUAGGGGGCCCAGAACUUAAGGGAAUCAGUAGACGAAGUCAAGAUGGGUUACAGACAAAAAUAAAAAAAGCCAAAGACAUGACAAAAACAAUCGAAGGGAUAAUGGCUAAAUAUGCAUAAGCAAAAAAAAA